AUGGCUGGAAACAAUCCCCACAAGGUUGCCCUCGUAAUCGGCGCAUCCAGGGGUAUCGGGCGUCAAGUUACAAUUAACCUCGCUCACGCUGGUUACAUUGUAGUGCUCGCUGCAAAGAGCAUAACAGAUGAAUCGAAGCCAUACACAUUCCCACCCGAUCCCAACUCUUCCCAGUCUACGAUAACCACUGUCGCUCGCGAAAUCACGGAGUCUGGUGGCACUGCCCUCGCAAUCCCCACUGACGUCCGCUUCGAAGCAAGCAUUAACUCCCUAAUUCAAACUACCCUUUCUAAGUUCUCCAAGAUUGAUGUCAUUAUCUACAACUCUGGGGCUAUCUACUGGUCAGCCCUUGACACCACUCCCACACCCCGCUUCCGCCUUUUGCAGCAAGCUAUCAUCCCGGCAUUCCGAAAGCAGGGAGUUGGAAGGGUUGUGGUUGUUUGUCCCCCGAUAUAUUCGAGAUUCUUCCGCGGGAAGACGGCGUAUGCGGUUGGGAAGGUGGGGAUGAGUGUUAUCGUUAAGGGAUUGGCGAUGGAUUGGGAGAGACAGGGGGAGAAGGGUUUGGGGAUUUGUGGGAUUUGGCCAGCAGUGGCUAUCCAGUCCGGCGCCACUGGAAGGGUGGAUCCAAAGCAGCUCCGGCAUCCCACCAUCUUCGGCGACGCUGUCAUAGCAAUGAUCAAUGCUCCGGUGAAGACCAUCAACGGGCUGCUGGAUACGGACGAGGAUUUCCUUAGGGAGCACGGGGGAGUCACAGACUUCUCAAAGUACUCUCUGAUCCCCGGGGCUGUUCCCCGUAGAAUUGUGCCGGCGGAGUUCCCGGGGUUGACUGUGGCCGAGCAGGACGAUGAGGGGGAUCGGAUCGAUAGUGCCAAGGAGAGGGCGGCGAAGCUUUAA